AUGCAUCGCUACCUCGCAUCCAUGGGGCUUGUGCAGAAAACUCUUGUCGCCCGUUUCCUGCAGUCUCACUACGCGGUCGCACUCAUAGAGCGCAGAGACUUAGGUGGCGUCGAUCUCAUCUUGGACCACCAUACCGCCGUAGUUUACGUCUCCUUGCCGGCUUUACCAUCUGACCAUCGAAAUCUGCUCGACAUGCUGACUAGCAUCUCUUGGCGAUACUCG